UUUCUCGGAAAUCCGGAAUAAGUGAAUCCAUUCAAGACCAAGUUUGUCUUUUAUGGUGCGUUGCCUAUGUCCUAUUUGAGUUGGUCCAUGCUUGCAACGAUGGUUGAAGAAAAUAAAAAGAAUUCCAAUCUAUACAUAGAGGCAGCAAAGGUUCUUCAUGAAAUCUACGACAAAAAGGGAUCAAUAAAAACCAGUGUAUAUGGAUCUACAUUUCAGGACAAGCAGAUGUUGUCAGCGUUGGUCAAUCAGACCCUUAGAUACGCUAAGAUCCUGGAAACGGUCGUCAAGCGCACCAAGCUCCUGGAGAAUAAUAAGAUACUGUGGAACGACGAGAUGCUGGCCCGAGUUUUAUUAUAUGACUUCAUGAUAGGGCCCGGCCUAUAUAGACCAGGGAGACUAAAGGUAGUGGUAAUGAAGAAUAGAGACAGUAUAACCAGUGAGUUUGACAGACUGUUGACAGUUUAUGGGGUUCAGCGAUACGCAGAUUUACCCUGCUCGACAUCAGAAGCCCUGCCGAGGUAUGUUAGAGUGAACCAAAUCAAAGUAACAAUGGAGGAAGUGAUCAAGGUGUUCAUGGACGACGGAUGGACAUUGUUACCUACACCUGACUACAGUUUUAUAGAGUCCUGUAGAAAUCUUGGCGAGUCUGAGUUUAUAAGAGACCUCCAUCUCCCUGAUCUGUUGGUGUUCCCUGCGUAUACUGACCUCCACAACCACCACUUAGUACAGGAGAGCAAGGUCAUUCUACAAGACAAGGCCAGUUGCCUACCUGCUCAUAUUCUGUCACCACCAGAGGGAGCUGUUGUGGUAGAUAGCUGUGCUGCCCCUGGCAACAAAACUAGUCACCUGGCCAGUUUGAUGGGAAAUAAUGGAACAAUUUAUGCCUUUGAGCACAAGGCAGAGAGGAUAGCCAUAUUUCAGGAACGUAUGGAGGCAGCUGGUGUGACAUGUAAAGUGGCGCGGUGCAUGGACUUUCUCAGAGUAAAGACAGACAGUCCGGCCUAUAAGGAUGUAGAGUAUGUUAUGGUGGACCCUUCCUGUAGUGGAUCAGGCAUUGUAAAUAGACUAGAUAACCUGACUAAUGAUGACUCCUCUACCACCCAGCACCGCCUGGAUCAGCUCCACAAACUACAGGCCCAGAUUUUACGGCACGCCUUCUCAUUCCCAAACGUGAAAAAGAUUGUUUAUUCCACGUGUUCUGUUCAUGAAGAGGAAAAUGAACAAGUUUGUGAGGAAAUAUAUAACAUAUUCAAGGAAAGAUUUAAAAUACAGAAUGUCAUGAAGGAUUGGCCGGAGAGAGGAAGAGAGGGCUACCAGAAAAGUGACCAUUAUCUCCGGGCAUGCCCAGAGAAAACACUGACCAAUGGGUUCUUUGUGGCCUGUUUUAAAAGAAGGAAAGAAAAAGGGAAGAAAAGUGAGGACAUUGUAAUGGAAAAUGAAAAUGUGGAAGAGGGAUAUAAAGAAAAAUGGAGUGAGAAUGAUGAUGGAUUGGUAAGGGAUAGAGAGAAAAGGAAGAAAAGAAAGAAAGAAAAAGAGGAAGUGUUGGAUGCAGAGAGGAGUGAGAGAGAGAAGGAGCAGGAAGAUUGUGAAGUGGUGAUGGAAGAUGGAGAAGAUGUCAAAGUGAGAAGAAGGAAGAAAAAGAAAAUUAAAAUGGAAGAUGAUCUCAAAAACGAUAUUGAAAAAGAUGAAGUUAAGAACAUUUAUAUAGAGAAAAGGGAAGAUGAAGAGGUAAUGGAAGAAAGUGACAUUAAAAAGAAAAGAAAAAAGAAAAAAAGACAGGCAAAUGAUGACUUAAUGGAUGAUGAUUGUGAAAGUGACAAAGUAAAGAAAAGUAAAAAGAAGAAAAAGAAUGCAGAUAAUGAAAUAACAGUAGAAGAUUGUGAAAAUGACAGAGUGAAGAAAAGUGAAAAAUAAAAAAACUAUAUGUCUGUAAAUAGAAACUUAAAUCUUUAUAGAAUGAAAGAUCAGAGGUAAAACACCACUUUUUAGAUCACCUUGACGAAGUCAAGAUGAGCUUA